GUUCACUUGAAGAGAUGCCACUUCUCCGCACUAUGGCAACAACUAGCAGAAACUACUCGGCAACGCGCACGAUACGACGAACCCAAGGAUGGAGGGAACCGAAAGACAAGACUUCCUAAUCAAUAGAGCUCGCCUUCCAUCAAGUGAUGUCGCAGUUUUCUUGGAAAACCGAGUCAGUAUUCCGGGUCAGCCAGGGCCGGUGUUUGUGGAUCGACUCGAUCGGGUUGAGACUCUCGAAGAGGCAUUAAACCAGGAGACAAUUAGUAAGGAACUAUGGAAGCAAGCCAAUGAUGAGAAAGAUCGGCUGUUCGCUCUGAUGGAACAGGUGCGAGCGCGACUAGAUAAGAAGCUUACCAGCAGUAUUCAGUCUGAGCAUCUGGAUUUGCGAUGUUGCACAUGGGACCGAGUCAUGGAAGAAGUACAAACGACAGCUUCAAGGUGGUCAACUACGCCAAAGAAGACAUCAAAAAUGAUGAUGUGUCUUGAUAGACUGGGACGCAAUUCUGACGCGUUUCAGAGUUGGAUCCAGGUCCUUCCAGGGGGUGAUUAUGGUUCAAGUAUUUGUGGUGUCUUCGCCCUCGCUGUUGGAGCAGUCGGCAACUACGCAAAGGUAGAAGAGUCCAUACUUGAUUCUCUAGCUCAGAUUCCCGAGGUCAUCGAAAAUACUCGGCGGUAUAUUGAGAUUUAUUCCGAAUUGCGGAAUCAACACCUUGAAGCCCGCACAUUCGAUCUCUAUUUGUCUAUUCUGAAGGCUCUGACGCAUAUAAUGCAAUUUUUUGCCGAUAGUUCGUUUCGCAAGGUCUAUCAGCCGUUCCUCAAGCAGUCCUCCUACCAGCGCGAACUCCUCGCUAGCUUGGAAGCCGUCAAGGCCCAGGCCACACGAGUGAAAGAAGAAGCAAAUCAAUGCAUGCAGCGACGACUAAUGAAUAUGGACCAGUCUCGUCUCAUCUCCGACAAUGUUCUCCUCGACACCAACCAGACUUCGAACCAGUCGCUUCGUAUCCUGCAAAACGUGUACAAAUUGCUUGCUAGCAGAAUGGAAUCGCACUCUUUCAGCGAAGAGACGUUUGCGACGGUCGUAUCAUCUAGGCAAUCAAGCCUGCUCAGACUUGGUCAGAAGGAAAGCCAGCAAGUCUCAUCCGACAACACGGAUGAUGUCAGGAAAUUGCUCAAAUUGAUACAGUUUGAUCUUGAUCGAAUUUCGAAGGAUAUCGAAACAUGUCUGCGAUUGGGUGACGCAAUGAAUGAAACCUCCAAAGCAAAAGCUGCCAAACUUAUUCAAAACCAAGUCUUCAAAGCUUUCAUGACCACGGACCUGUUCUCGACACCCUUAUUAGUUAACGGGAACGAAGACAUGUCAUGUGCAGAAGGCUUGUCACCGUACAGCCUCGUAGCUGCAAGACUCACCCAAGUAUCCGAGCAAGCCGAGUCUACCUUUGGCAUCGCCUACUUUUGCAGCGAACACAGACCCUAUGGCAACGAUUCCACGGUACCGGUACUCGUUAGUAUGAUGGCCAGUCUUCUGGGUCAGCUCAUUACUCUACUGCUAGGCAACGGGGCAACACUUGAUCUGUCUUUCCUGGAUGAGCUCAGUUGGAACAACUUGAAGAAAAUGAAGCUCAAAUCACUUUGCGCUGUAUUUGAAGAACUAACAAGUCAGAUUCCACAGGGAAAUGUCUUGUUUUGCAUACUAGACGAGAUCAGUCUAUAUGAGACGGGCCUUCUGCGGCAAGACACUGAGGCCGUGCUACGGCGGCUGACACGGUUGACAAGGCGACGGAAAGAGAUCAUUUUCAAACUGCUGGUUACUUGUCGUGGUCGAGCUGUGGAUGUCGUUCAAUACUUUACGGGGCACGUUCUGGAUAUGGAUGACUCUGCUGAGGCAGACGACUCGUCGACAUGGCAAAUCGCCAACUUGUGUCUCUAGCCCGGCCGGCAGUGUUGGCAUCUGGAAGACGGGAAGCAAUGUAUAUUGAAACUUCACUCAUAUCUAGUCAGGCUGUUGAAAGAGAUCGGCACUGCGCGUUUGAAAGUCUAAACCCCGCCCGGUCAGCAUCUCGAGUCCGGUAGCUGGAACAACCUGAAGUUUUUCAGUAUUCCUGGGGGCGACCGAGG